GGAGGAGGGGGAGGAAGAGGAGAAAGGCGCAGGGGUGGGAGCAGUUGCCGAAGCUGCUACAGCAAAAGUUCUCCCCCCCUCCCCCCUUCCCCUCUUCUCAAGGUCCCUAGAAAGGUUGGAGCUGCUGCCGUCUGCAGUCGGUGACCGCGCGAUUCGGCGCCCGCCCGCGGAAUCGGAUGGCAUAAGUGGUUAAGGUGGUAUUGAGGGUCACUGAAGCUUAUGAAAGGUAGAAAUUCAACCAUGAUUUCUUUUUCAACUGUACAGAAUUCCUUUCCUUGAAGUCUUCAUUUUUACCUUAGUAACAGACUUUUUAUUGAAGUACUGUAACAACUGACAGAAUGUGCACAUAUCACAGAUGUACAUCUUGCAAUUUUACAAAGUGAGCACACCUGUGCAACCAUCAUUCAACUCAAGAAAAAACAUUGCCAGCUCUCAGACAUCCUUCUCUUCCUGCCUCCUAUCAGCAGCCCCUCCCAAGGGCAGUUAUACUUAAGCAUGAACAUUGACGACAAACUGGAAGGAUUAUUUCUUAAAUGUGGCGGCAUAGACGAAAUGCAGUCUUCCAGGGCGAUGGUGGUAAUGGGUGGAGUGUCUGGCCAGUCCACUGUGUCUGGGGACCUGCAGGAGUCGGUACUUCAAGAUCGGAGUCUGCCCCACCAGGAGAUCCUUGCUUCAGAUGAAGUGUUACAAGAAAGUGAAAUGAGACAACAGGAUAUGAUAUCACAUGAUGAACUCAUGGUCCAUGAGGAAACAGUGAAAAAUGAUGAAGAGCAGAUGGAAACACAUGAAAGACUUCCUCAAGGACUACAGUAUGCACUUAAUGUCCCUAUAAGUGUAAAGCAGGAAAUUACUUUUACUGAUGUAUCUGAGCAACUGAUGAGAGACAAAAAACAAAUCAGAGAGCCAGUAGACUUACAGAAAAAGAAGAAACGGAAGCAACGUUCUCCUGCAAAAAUUCUUACAAUAAAUGAGGAUGGAUCACUUGGUUUGAAAACCCCUAAAUCUCACGUUUGUGAGCACUGCAAUGCUGCCUUUAGAACGAACUAUCACUUACAGAGACAUGUCUUCAUUCAUACAGGCGAAAAACCAUUUCAAUGUAGUCAAUGUGACAUGCGUUUCAUACAGAAGUACCUGCUACAGAGACAUGAGAAGAUUCAUACUGGUGAAAAGCCAUUUCGUUGUGAUGAAUGUGGUAUGAGAUUCAUACAAAAAUAUCAUAUGGAAAGACAUAAGAGAACUCAUAGUGGAGAAAAACCUUACCAGUGUGAAUACUGUUUACAGUAUUUUUCCAGAACAGACCGUGUAUUGAAACAUAAACGUAUGUGCCAUGAAAAUCAUGACAAAAAACUGAACAGAUGUGCUAUCAAAGGUGGCCUUCUGACAUCUGAGGAAGAUUCUGGCUUUUCUACAUCACCGAAGGAUAACUCACUGCCAAAAAAGAAAAGGCAGAAAACUGAGAAAAAAUCAUCUGGGAUGGACAAAGAGAGUGCUUUGGAUAAAUCUGAUCUGAAGAAAGACAAAAAUGAUUAUUUGCCUCUUUAUUCUUCAAGUACUAAAGUAAAAGAUGAGUAUAUGGUAGCAGAGUAUGCUGUUGAAAUGCCACAUUCUUCUGUUGGGGGAUCGCAUUUAGAAGAUGCAUCAGGAGAAAUACAUCCACCUAAGUUGGUUCUCAAAAAAAUUAACAGUAAGAGAAGUCUGAAACAGCCACUGGAGCAAAAUCAAACAAUUUCACCUUUAUCCACAUUUGAGGAGAGCAAAGUUUCAAAGUAUGCCUUUGAACUUGUGGAUAAACAAGCUUUACUGGACUCAGAGGGCAAUGCUGACAUUGAUCAGGUUGAUAAUUUACAAGAGGGUCCCAGUAAACCUGUGCAUAGCAGCACUAAUUAUGAUGAUGCCAUGCAGUUUUUGAAGAAGAAGCGAUAUCUUCAAGCAGCAAGUAACAGUAGUAGGGAGUAUGCGCUGAAUGUGGGUACCAUUGCCUCUCAGCCUUCUGUAACACAAGCAGCUGUGGCAAGUGUCAUCGAUGAAAGUACCACAGCAUCCAUAUUAGAUUCACAGGCACUGAAUGUGGAGAUUAAGAGUAAUCAUGACAAAAAUGUUAUUCCGGAUGAGGUACUACAGACCCUAUUGGAUCAUUAUUCCCAUAAAGCUAACGGACAGCAUGAGAUAUCAUUCAGUGUUUCGGACACAGAGGUGACUUCUAGCAUAUCAAUAAAUUCUUCAGAAGUACCUGAGGUCACCCAGUCAGAGAAUGUUGGAUCAAGCUCCCAAGCAUCCUCAUCAGAUAAAGCCAACAUGUUGCAGGAAUAUUCCAAGUUUCUGCAGCAGGCUUUGGACAGAACCAGCCAAAAUGAUGCCUAUUUGACUAGCCCGAGCCUUAACUUUGUGACCGAUAACCAGACCCUUCCAAGCCAGCCAGCAUUCUCUUCCAUAGACAAGCAAGUCUAUGCAGCCAUGCCCAUCAGUAGCUUCCGAUCAGGAAUGAAUUCUCCACUAAGAACAACUCCAGAUAAGUCCCACUUUGGACUAAUAGUUGGUGACUCACAGCACUCGUUUCCCUUUUCAGGUGAUGAGACAAACCAUGCUUCUGCCACAUCCACACAGGACUUUUUGGAUCAGGUGACCUCUCAGAAGAAAGCUGAGGCUCAGCCUGUCCACCAAGCUUACCAAAUGAGCUCCUUUGAACAGCCCUUCCGUGCUCCGUAUCACGGAUCCAGGGCUGGAAUAGCUACUCAAUUUAGCACUGCCAAUGGACAGGUGAACCUUCGGGGACCAGGGACAAGUGCUGAAUUUCCAGAAUUUCCCUUGGUGAAUGUAAAUGAUAGAGCUGGGAUGACAUCCUCACCUGAUGCCACAACUGGCCAGACUUUUGGCUAAAAAAAAAAAAAAAAAAGUGUGUAAAUAAUACUGGCACUUUAGAACAGAUUAAUCAAGCGUGGGGUUACUCUGUGUAAAAUGGAGUGCUGUACAGAUUUAAGAGCAAUGCGAUAUAACAAGUUAAGUGAUACGAAUAGCAAGAUAAAACAAUAACUGCGUUUUGUUUGGUUAGUCAGCAUUCUUUGAACUGCCUUACAUGUUGUCACCUUUAUAGAAGCAAUGCAUUACUUGUUUUAGAUCAGAAACUUGCUAUUCCACCUACAUCACAUUUAAAAGGAAAAAAAAAAAAAAAAGACAUUCGCACAAUUGUUUCCUAACUGAUAACAUUGUACAUUCUUAGGAGAUUAGUAAUUGUGUGAAAUUUACUCAUACUGUUUAAGUUUUUCAGCAUAGUCAUUGCACUUCAGCAGGGAAUUUGAUUAUACUUUACAGAGUGAACUUAAACGUUUAAAUGUCAAGAGAUUAUGGCGUAAAAUAAAUUAGUGUGUCCUGUGGGGGAAAAAGAAACCAGGAAACCACCCUUUUAAAAAGAAUGACAUGCCAUAUACCCUUGAUUUUUAUUUUGCAUUAUAUUGACAUGUUGGUGGUAUUUUUUUUUUAAGGGAAAAAAGUAAUAAAAAUCUGAUAGUCUAAGACUCCACUAUUUAAAAGCCUAGUUACUUUUAAAAUAUGCAUACUUUCAACGAAAGUUUUACCAAAAUACGUAAUAUUUGAAGCAUUCAAUUCUAUGGAAGUAUGCAUAUUGGUGUCAGUUUCUUUGUACAGUUGUACCUAGAUAUUUUUUAUGAUUUUUCAUGUGCAGGUAUCAAGAUUUUGAAGUUUUAGUAAGAAGAUAUUCUGUAGAUUACAUUCCCAAGAACAUAAUGCUUAUACAAAUGUAUAUUCCACGUUUUAAAACUUAAUUGUAUUUUACUUUACAUAUACACUUCAGUUAACAUAGAGCACUUAGAAUCUAUUUGGUAUUUUUGAUUUCUCAAAAUAAAAAAAGAUUUAGAUUUUUAGGUUUGAUAUGGUUGUGUCAUAAUCAUCUCAUAAUUGACAAUUUUAAUUUUUGGCAAUAAAAGGAAAUUGGGUAUCUUUGGAACUGUAAAAUUUGGUUUAAUCCUUUUUCUUUCUAGAAUCUUUAUAGAUUGGAUAAUUAAACAGUAUCCAGAGGAACUGAAGAAAUGGGCAUUUUAAUUGCUUAUUUUAUCUUGAGUUAAUUUUUAAUGAACACUGUUCAUUAUUAUUUUACAAACCAAAAGUGUUUACUAAUUCUAGUAACUACAACUUCUUUUUCAGCUAGAUGAGUGAUCGGAAACUUUUUGUUGCAUUUCAAAAUCUAAAUAAACUACAGACUUUAUCCUUACACCACGAAUGUUUUAUUUUUAAUACUUUGUCUUAAAAUAAUACAGCAUGGUACAAUAAAUAGUGCUUUUAUAUAUACAUAUAUACUUUUCUGAAGAAUGAUGGUUUGAGUUACACAUUGGACAGUUUUCAUUUUUGGAAAAUAACAUUAGUUUUAUAGAUUCUGUUACCCUAUUUGUUCCAACUUUUCAUUUUCUUUAAAGAAGUUUUCGCCAUCUUUGUCAUAACGCACAUACUGACAUAGUAGUACCAGUAGCCAUCUUUGUCAUAAUGCACAUACUGAUAGAGUACCAGUGAUAAUCUAAAAUUAAUACCCUUAGAAAAUGAAACUUUAUUGUUGUUACUUUCCAUUUUAACUUUUAUAUUGGCCCUAUAGGUCUGUAGUCUUUGUUUCAGUAUAGAAUGUUAUACAUUUAAAUUAUUUUUUUCUUCUAUUUAAUGUUAUCCCAAGACUGUUCUCAUAAAGAAAGGGAACAAAGGAAUAUCCACCAUAAAUAUAUUUCAGUUGUUUUGAACAUAUUGGUGUUUUUAUAAUAAGGACUAUAAAUUAUCUUUAAUGUGGUUUCCUCUACACUUUGGUUAUUAAGCUUUGCUCGAAGUACUCAUUUUGCCACUUGACAGCUUUCUUUGCUGGCAGAUUUUUCAAGACUUCCUUGAAGUAGAUAUUUAAAAUGUUCUGCCAUUACUGACUCUUAAGAAUGGUGUGCGUUGUGUUGCACAUCACAGUCACAGGAAAGCUUCAUUCAGGUGAGAUACUGCAAAUGGAACUGUUCUCCCUAGAUAGGAUUGGUCUUUUUCUUACAGGACUACUUGGUGAUAGUAGGCAUUUAUUUCCUGAGUUGUAUUUUUUGAGUCUGAUCAAAUUUUUGAUCUACUGAGAACUUGAUGUAGUUCUUGGUGCAGUAUAAAGAUUUUUGUUAGUUUGUUUUAACAGCAGCACAGUUUUUACAAUGUGACUCUACUGCUGAGCAGUUAGGGUAAGCUAACGAAGAAAGGCCUUUGAAAAUGGGAGUUAAGCAAGCAGAAUUUCAGGUUUUUCAGUCCUGUGUUCAACACAUUUCUUGAAAUCUGUACAAUGGCAGACAUUUCUACCACAUUAUAAACAUUUUUUUGCAAUAAGUGAUACUUGGCAUAACUUACUGACUUUAAGUAUAGUUAUUCUCUUACUGUGAAAUUCUAAAUGCCUACCAGAGUUACCUUGUAUUAUCACAUGGUAAACAUCUCAACAUUUUGGGUUUCCCAGUUUGGUUUGGAAAGUUACUUAAUUUCUAUCUGGGCAUUAGCAGAGAAAGCAAGUAGCCUUUUGUGCUGCUUUAGAUCAGAAUAUUGAGAAUACGAGAUAUCUUUUUGCAAUUUGUGUUUCUCAUUACUUUCAGCGAGCAAAUUGUUCUUUUAAAACAUUCUUUUACACCCUCAAACUUUUGGUCCGUGUGAAUGAGGUGCCUUUUCACUUAGGACCUACAUUUGAAGAUUGGAAACAGAUUGCACUAGAUGAGGUAAUAUCUCUUGCACAUAUUCUAAAAGUGUUGUUGUUGUUUUAACUUACUGCACACCUUUCGUUUGGUUCAGACUAUUUGAGUAGCUAUUUUGGAUCUAUCUGCAAGUUUCCUACUUGAUGCCAUAAAAAUCCAUCCUUUUAGCUCUGGCCGAGGACUGUCAGUGGUCGGGUACUUUUCUCUUGGAAAGAGAGGCUACAGGCUUGUGCGCAGGGGAGGCUUUCAUUUCCACAGGUGAGAGAACGUGGGACGUGCCAGCGAGGUUAGAUCUUUUGCCACUUGUUUCAUUGUAUUAAUUUGGGCUUUUAAAGGGCUGUUUAAAAACAAAAACAUACGCCGGGAAACUUUAAAAGUAGGCAUUACUGUAAUACUACAUUUCUUAGACUUAGAACCUUUUAAACUAGAACUCGUUUUUUCACAGUAUAUUUACUUGAAGCACUAUUAUAAUCAGUGAGAAACUUUUUGACUCUGCAAUUUAAUUUAAACUUUUUCCGUUUCAAAUUACUUUAUUUCAGGGAAAUAAUUUUCCAGUUGUUUUUGCUAUAUUCUGCAAAUAAAACCGUAUGUUUCCUUUAUUCACUUAAACUUUGGUAGGAAACAAACUAAAGCAGACAAACAUUUCUUGUUGUGUUUGUUGCUUUCUUUAAUCCAAUGGAUAAAAAAAGUAAAACCCUGUAAACAUUAUUUUAUUUUUUUAUGCAAUACCAUGCUGUAAAUAUGGUUCAUCAAAUAAGGAUGUACCUAUGAUUGAAUCUUUAAUUCUGCACAGUUAGAGUUUAUAUAUAAAUGUGUCUUGACAAUCAAGGACUUUUAUGUGUCUUCCUUUAUGAUGUUUAUUAAUGUUAUGCAUUCCAUUUGUUUUGAAGUGAGUACCAAUGUGCUAAUUUGUAUUGUCUGAAAGUAUGUAAUGUUUUUACAGCUUGUUUUUAAGAAUCUGUAAAUAUGUACAAACAAAUCACAGUACUCUUUAUGUUAGAAGGCAUAUGAUGUUGUACUGUAUGUAAGCAAUAAUACAUAGCAGUGCUAACUUUACAAGUAGCAUCAGGAAAGUUCUAAAAACAUUUCAGAGUUAUUGAUUAUCCUUAUUUCAUUUAAUAAUGAUUAUCUUUAAUCAGUUUUUAUAAACAAAUUCCAUUGUUCCUCCUAUUGGAACGUAACACUGUUUACACAGCAUAAUUGAAGUUGCAGGGGAGACAGGCUAAAUCUGACUUCAUCUGUACUCACUUUCACUAAGCAUUGAAUGGCCUUACCACUCUUCUGCAAGAUGGAGGAAGACCGCAAAACUUAGUGCCCAUCACACUGAAGGAAGGGGGUGUGUUGUAUUUUUUUUUUCCUGCUUCUGUACUGCUACCUAACAUGGUUUGCUUUGAAUUUUAAUAUUUGUUUUUCUGUUUUAGAUUCAAGCCCAUAAGUUUUGAGGUGACUUCAGCUCCAUUGUGAAAUAGUUCUCUUCAUAUUUCAUAUCUACAUUUCAAUAAUUCUAAACUUUCUACUUUGAUUUUUAGAUACUUAUUUUUCAAGCUUGAUUUCUCAGCUGAUCAGAUGAACUUAUUCAACUUAAAUAACAAAGGAAGACAAACCUAUUGUAGUUUGAAUUGAGUAGAUAUUAUACUGUACAGAACUGCUAACUAUUUGAACACACACAUCACUGCUUUAGAAAUAAAACCGCCAAUUUUUAAAUGUAUAUGACCUACAUUUUAUAGGAGAAAUGUUUUUAAAUGCUAGUCAUUUAUAUAAAUGUGCUUUGAAGGAUUUGCUAGUUCACUUCUGUCACUUUUUAGUACACUGGUAUCUUUUAUAUGUAACGUAUGCUUUUUAUUGUAGCAGAGCAUUUCAGUAGAAAGAAUUUUGCAACAAUAUGGGGGAAAUUUUUCAUUGUUGGAUUUGAAUUAUACUGGAUUUUAUCUGUGUAGUCUUGUCUUCAUUUUAAUGCUGUCUGGAAGGGAACUUGGUAUCCAAAUAAAGCAGGUAACCUCAUUUUACUUAAAGGGCAUACUGUGUAGUGCUGAAUUUAAUCUGGAAAUCUAAUGAUUUUGAAGAGAAAAACAAGUUUAUAACAAUUGUACAGAAGAAAUUAAAUGUGUGAUGGAAAUCCUGACGGUGAAGCACGUUGAAUUUUCUGAUAUAGUGUUAUUUUCCUGGGAUCCCCUAUGCCUUCUUUGUAUUUCAACUAAUAAAGGAAAAACCCUGUCAUUGAAACUGGUAGGAUAAUAGGAUAUUCUGAUUAUACAGUAUUACUAUUCCUAUCCCAUUUUCUGACCCUUUCUCAAUCACUGUAAAUUUUUAUUUUCUAUUUCCUGUUGAUAAUUAAACAUGUACAUAAUAUAGACACUGUUGUAUAAAACUGAAUGAACUGAGUUGCUAUGCUUGAAUGGGUAACUAAGUGGAAAUAUGGAUACUGAGGAUUCAUAAAAUGCCAGAACAAAUUUACAGGGAAAAGGGAGGUAUCAUGUGUCCUGGGAAAGUCACAGCAAAUGUUCCUUUUGACGCUCUGUGAAAUAAAUGUGAAAGAAUCAACUACAAACUUACUAUCUGAUACAAAUGGAUCUUUCCUUCCCCACCUUCCCCCAAAUACAUGAGCGCACUAAAUUUCAAAAUCUACUCAGGUGAAAAUUGCUUUGCAAUGAAUCUUAUCACAUUGAAAUUUUCACUGUUAAAAAGAUAUUUGUGAUAUUUUUAAAUACAAACUUUCAUAUCAGUAGUCAGCAGCCUGACAAUUGAAAUUCGGUAAGUCAAUAUAUUUUAAAAUAUAUUUUACCCUCCAAAUAGAAUUGUUUUUAAACAAUUGGGAGGGCUUUUUUUGUUUAAAUGUAUUUUUUAUUGUUAUUGUAAAAAUAAAAUCUUGCUUGACCUCA